AUGAAGAAUGUUGCCAGCACAGACACAAACAAUCUGACUGUGGUUCUGGGUCUCCAGAAUCAACAGGAAUCAAACCCCAAUCAAGUGUCUCGGACGGUAACACAGAUCAUCAUUCAUCCCAACUAUAGCAGUUUAAGUUCUGACAAUGACAUCUGCCUCGUGGAGCUCUCCUCGCCGGUAAAUUUCACAAACUACAUCCAGCCUGUCUGCCUGGCAGCUCAAGGCAGCACCUUCAACAACGGCACUGUAGCCUGGCUUAACGGCAGGACAGACCUUGGAGAGGCACUUCUAAUCCCAGAAAACCUAACGGAGGUGGAGCUGCUGAUUCUGGGGAACAGACAGUGUGAUUGUGACUACACAAAUGGCAGUCUCACAAGCAGCAUGUUGUGCGGCAGGGUAAAUGAUGGAGAGGAGAUCUCCUAUCAGCCUAAUUUCCCAGCAUUGUUCACCAGAGUUUCCCAGUAUCAGUCGUGGAUCAACAACCAGACCACCAGAAACCAGCCAGGCUUCGUCACCUUCAUGUCCAAUGGGACUGACAGUGACCUCAGUCUUUACUACGACAACCCUCAAUUCAACAACCCUCACUUCAACCACCCUCACUCCAACAACCCCAGCUCCAACCACCCUCACUUCAACAACCACCCUCACUUCAACAACCCCAGCUCCAACAACCCCAGCUCCAACCACCCCAGCUCCAACAACCCCAGCUCCAACCACCCUCACUUCAACAACCCCAGCUCCAACCACCCUCACUUCAACAACCCCAGCUCCAACCACCCUCACUUCAACAACCCCAGCUCCAACCACCCUCACUUCAACAACCACCCUCACUUCAACAACCCAAGGUCCAACCACCUUCACUUCAACAACCACCCUCACUUCAACAACCCAAGCUCCAACCACCCUCACUCCAACAACCACAGCUCCAACAACUUUCACUUCAACCAGCCUCACUUCAACAACCAGCCUCACUCCAACAACCACCCUCACUUCAACAACCCAAGCUCCAACCAGCCUCACUUCAACAACCAGCCUCACUUCAACAACCCAAGCUCCAACCACCCUCACUUCAACAACCCAAGCUCCAACCAGCCUCACUUCAACAACCAGCCUCACUUCAACAACCCAAGCUCCAACCACCCUCACUUCAACAACCCCAGCUCCAACCACCCUCACUUCAACAACCCCAGCUCCAACCACCCUCACUUCAACAACCCAAGCUCCAACCACCCUCACUUCAACAACCCCAGCUCCAACCACCCUCACUUCAACAACCCCAGCUCCAACCACCCUCACUUCAACAACCCCAGCUCCAACAACCCUCACUUCAACAAGCCCAGCUCCAACAACCCUCACUUCAACAACCUCACUCCAACAACCACCCUCACUUCAACAACCCCAGCUCCAACCAUCUGUGGCCAAGCCCCACUGAAUUCACAUAUUCUGAGAGGAAGCAACUUGGCGACAGCUGGUGUUUGGCCAUGGACGGCGAGCCUACGGAACAAUGGAAGUCAUGUGUGUGGUGGGACUCUGGUGGCUUUGGACUUUGUUUUGAGCAGCGCCAACUGCUUCUCAAGUUCACCCAUAGCGUCUGAAUGGACUGUCGUUUUGGGUCGUUUGAAUCAGAAUGGAUCCAACCCCUUUGAGGUGACACUGGCUGUGACAAAUAUCACUCUGAGCAAACUCACUGGUUCUAAUGCAGCAGUGCUGCGUCUGGCAACCAGACCCUCCCUGUCCAACUACAUCCAGCCCAUCUGCCUGGACAACGGACAAACCUUCACUGUGGGCUCGACGUGCUGGGCUGCUGGCUGGAGCGCCGGGCAAGGAGGGGUGGAACAAGUUCUGCAGGAGUUCCAGACCUCGGUGGUAAACUGUGGAAACGCAUCAACAAGUGACAGCAUUUGUACGAGCUCUUUCACACUGGGACAGGGUGGUUCUGGCGGUCCAAUGAUGUGUAAGCAGGGCGGCUCUUGGUUCCAGGCAGCAGUGUUGUCAGUUGAAAACAACAGCACCAGUCAAACACGAGCAGAUCCAGUGAUGGUCUUCACCAAAGUGAGCCGCUUUCAGACCUUCCUGGCUCAGACAGUGGGGACGUUCUUAUCUCCAGCCUCCACCACCACCAGCAGCAACACAGCUGCCACCAAUACUCUCACCACCAGCAGCACAACUGCCACCAAUACUCUCACCACCAGCAGCACAACUGCCACCAAUACACCUACUACCAGCGGGGGUGCUCCUGCUCACUCCCCCUUCUUCUUCUUCCAUCUCCUCAUCUUCUCUGUGUGUCUCCACCUCUUCUUAUAGAUGCAACAAGCACAAAUUAAUGUAAACAAGCUUGAAUUUAAGAGACCCUGUAGGCUUAAAGCUGCAUUAACUAAUCUAUGACUUGAUUCUGACUCUGUUGGUGACCA